AAUACGUACACCAAUGCAGACAAGCUUUUGGAGGCUGCAGAGCAGUUGGCUCAGACUGGGGAAUGUGACCCUGAAGAGAUCUAUAAAGCAGCCCGGCAUCUGGAAGUACGGAUUCAGGACUUUGUCCGGAGAGUGGAACAGAGGAAACUUCUCUUGGACAUGUCAGUCUCCUUCCAUACCCACACCAAAGAGCUGUGGACAUGGAUGGAAGAUCUGCAGAAGGAGCUUUUAGAGGAUGUCUGUGCUGACUCUGUGGAUGCAGUUCAGGAGCUUAUCAAGCAGUUUCAGCAACAACAAACAGCCACCUUGGAUGCUACCCUCAAUGUUAUUAAAGAAGGGGAAGAUCUAAUCCAACAGCUCAGGGACUCUGCCGUUUCCAACAAUAAGACUCCACACAAUAGCUCCAUCAGCCACAUUGAAUCUGUCCUUCAGCAGCUCGACGAGGCCCAGGUACAGAUGGAAGAGCUUUUCCAUGAGAGGAAGAUUAAGCUAGAUAUUUUCCUUCAGCUCCGGAUUUUUGAACAGUACACCAUUGAGGUUACAGCAGAGUUAGAUGCCUGGAAUGAAGAUCUGCUGAGGCAAAUGAAUGAUUUCAAUACUGAAGACCUCACUCUGGCUGAGCAGCGUUUGCAGCGUCACACUGAGCGGAAGUUGGCCAUGAACAACAUGACCUUUGAAGUCAUCCAGCAAGGGCAAGAUUUACACCAAUACAUCAUGGAGGUCCAGGCUUCAGGCAUUGAGCUGAUCUGUGAAAAAGACAUUGAUCUUGCGACACAGGUUCAAGAACUGCUGGAAUUCCUUCAUGAGAAACAGCAUGAGCUGGAGCUUAAUGCUGACCAAACUCACAAGAGGUUAGAGCAGUGCCUGCAGCUCCGGCACUUACAGGCUGAAGUCAAGCAGGUGCUUGGCUGGAUCCGGAAUGGUGAAUCGAUGCUGAAUGCAAGCCUUGUCAAUGCAAGCUCCCUCUCUGAAGCUGAGCAGCUCCAGCGAGAGCAUGAGCAAUUUCAGCUGGCCAUAGAGAAGACACACCAGAGUGCCCUGCAGGUCCAGCAGAAAGCCGAAGUGUUGCUGCAGGCUGGGCAUUAUGAUGCCGAUGCUAUCAGAGAGUGUGCCGAAAAGGUGGCCCUGCAUUGGCAGCAGCUGAUGCUGAAGAUGGAAGACAGGCUCAAGCUCGUCAAUGCCUCGGUGGCCUUCUAUAAAACCUCUGAGCAGGUGUGCAGUGUAUUAGAGAGCUUGGAGCAAGAAUACAGACGGGAUGAAGACUGGUGUGGAGGUCGAGACAAACUUGGACCAGCAGCUGAGAUAGACCACGUCAUCCCUCUGAUCAGCAAACAUCUGGAACAGAAGGAGGCUUUUCUCAAGGCCUGUACACUGGCACGAAGGAACGCUGAGGUAUUCCUCAAGUAUAUCCACCGGAACAAUGUCAGCAUGCCUGGAGUAGCAAGCCAUACAAGGGGGCCUGAGCAGCAAGUGAAAGCCAUUCUGAGUGAGCUGCUGCAGAGGGAGAACCGGGUUCUUCACUUCUGGACCCUGAAGAAGCGAAGACUAGAUCAGUGCCAACAAUAUGUUGUCUUUGAGCGCAGUGCCAAGCAGGCCUUAGACUGGAUCCAAGAAACAGGCGAAUAUUACCUCUCUACUCACAACUCCACUGGGGAAUCAGCAGAAGAAACUCAGGAACUCCUGAAGGAAUAUGGGGAAUUCAGAGUACCUGCCAAGCAAACAAAGGAGAAAGUGAAGCUUCUCAUCCAGCUGGCUGACAGCUUUGUAGAAAAAGGACACAUACACGCCACUGAAAUUAGGAAGUGGGUCACCACCGUUGACAAACGCUACCGUGACUUCUCUCUCAGGAUGGGGAAAUACCGCUACUCCCUGGAAAAAGCCCUUGGAAUCAAUACAGAGUCUGGAAAGGAUAACAAGGACCUAGAACUAGAUAUUAUUCCAGCAAGUCUUUCAGACCGGGAGGUAAAGCUGCGAGAUGCAAAUCAUGAAGUCAAUGAAGAAAAAAGAAAGUCAGCCAGAAAGAAAGAAUUCAUUAUGGCUGAGCUGCUUCAGACGGAAAAAGCUUAUGUCAGGGACUUACAUGAAUGUUUAGAGACUUACCUUUGGGAAAUGACAAGUGGAGUGGAAGAAAUACCUGCUGGGAUCCUUAACAAAGAGCACAUCAUCUUUGGCAAUAUUCAGGAGAUAUAUGACUUUCAUAACAACAUUUUUCUGAAAGAACUAGAGAAAUACGAACAACUGCCUGAGGAUGUGGGCCACUGCUUCGUCACCUGGGCAGAUAAAUUUCAGAUGUAUGUCACCUACUGCAAAAACAAGCCUGACUCCAGCCAGCUCAUCUUGGAACAUGCAGGGACUUUCUUUGAUGAAAUUCAGCAAAGACAUGGUCUGGCCAACUCUAUUUCUUCCUAUUUAAUCAAGCCUGUCCAGAGGAUCACAAAAUACCAACUCCUACUGAAGGAACUGCUAACCUGCUGCGAGGAGGGCAAAGGGGAACUCAAAGAUGGUCUGGAAGUGAUGCUCAGUGUCCCAAAGAAGGCCAACGACGCAAUGCACGUCAGCAUGCUGGAAGGGUUUGAUGAGAACCUGGACGUCCAGGGAGAGCUGAUUCUUCAGGAUUCCUUCCAAGUGUGGGAUCCCAAGUCUCUCAUUCGGAAAGGCCGUGAAAGGCAUUUGUUUCUCUUUGAAAUCUCUUUGGUGUUUAGCAAAGAGAUCAAAGAUUCUUCAGGACACACAAAAUAUGUUUACAAGAACAAGUUACUGACCUCAGAACUGGGAGUGACUGAACAUGUUGAAGGAGAUCCCUGUAAAUUUGCUUUGUGGUCUGGACGAACACCAUCCUCAGACAAUAAAACAGUGCUGAAAGCUUCCAGUAUAGAAACAAAACAGGAAUGGAUCAAAAAUAUCCGGGAGGUCAUUCAAGAAAGGAUUAUCCAUCUGAAAGGAGCUCUGAAAGAGCCAAUUCAGCUCCCCAAGACACCAGCAAAGCAGCGAAACAACAGUAGAAGAGAUGGAGUAGAUGAUGCAGACAGCCAAGGAGAUGGCAGCAGUCAACCUGACACCAUUUCCAUUGCAUCCAGGACAUCACAGAACACAGUGGACAGUGAUAAGUUGUCUGGAGGGUGUGAACUAACCGUGGUGCUCCAGGACUUCACAGCGGGCCACAGCAGCGAGCUGAGUGUUCAGGUGGGGCAGACGGUGGAGCUGCUGGAGAGGCCAAGCGAAAGGCCAGGCUGGUGUUUGGUCCGGACCACGGAGCGGAGCCCACCUCAGGAGGGUCUGGUCCCCAGCAGCGCUCUCUGCAUUUCCCAUUCCCGCAGCAGUGUGGAGAUGGAUUGCUUCUUCCCUUCAGGAAAAG